AUGACGCACCAACUCCGUAAUGUAUCCGUAUUCGAUGACGAAUACGAAUCAUUAGUAGACCUAUCUUCUCAACCCAUAUCACAUUCUGAGUCUAACAAUUCUGAUAAUCCUACCAUUUUAUCUUCAUCCAACCCACUUAAUAACGACCCUCAAACUCGUACAUAUUGGAGACCCUCAAAUGAACUCCAAAAUUUAUAUGAUAGGUUCCAAAAUAAUAUUUUAAAACAAUGGCCCCGAAUUGCUUAUCUUAGAGUACCUACCUGUAAUUCUUGUAAAAAACCCGAAACAAGGUUUUCAUUCCCUUAUCUUUCUCCAAUGCCAGUAGAAAUUACUUCUGUUCCCUUAUAUAUAAGAAAAUGCUUGUCACCAGUAUACCUUCAUUGCUCUUUAGGUAGAAUGCCAAAUAGCAAUCCCUAUUCUGAAUAUAGAUCUUUAACCGGAACCAUGGGCUAUUCGCGCAACUCCAGAGCUCUUGCAUUAUAUUCUGAAACUUUAGGUGCUUUCUUAGAGCCAGAAAACAAUAAUAAUUCAGUUAAUAACUCGAACUAUAAUCAAGCCUUGCAACGUGCUGCUAACUGGUUAUCUGAAAAUAAUCUGUAUCUUCACCCAUUCUCUAAUCUCUUAUUACAACAAAAUCGAAAUGGUCCCUUUCCAAUAGCACAACACAGCCAAACUAAUAACGAAAUACCUCCCGUCAACUCUCAUAAAAUAAUAGUACCUAACUAUGAUUUUCCAGACGAAAUCCAUAACGAAGAUUUUCACUAUACCAGAUUAAUGGCAGGCUUUGUCCAAGAAAGUGACACCUUACGAUUACCAAUUGCUACCCAUGACCCAAACCUAGAACCCUUACUCUUUCCCGACCUAUUUACUGAUGGAAAAGGUCAUUUUCAUGAUAUCUCAAACCAAUCUAUAUUAGAAAACGAAACUCGUGAUGAAACUUAUGGCAAAUAUAUUAAAUUACGCUUAACGAAUAUUGAUUCAAGAUAA